AUGGCUUCACACGACAGCCAUGUGUCUGAGGAUACUCUCAGAAGAUAUCCCACGUUUGGAUACAACCCUGGAGAAAUAGACCCCACAGAUGUGCCGUUGGGCGUUACUGAAGAUGCCAACUUGGAGGAAUUCACUGUGGAAACAAGAACAGGAAAUAUUAUCAAGAGCGUGAAAUCUAAUGUCACCAAUAAGAUGGAAGAUUGGAAACUGGUCACUUUUCGCAUUGAUGAUCCAGAAAAUCCGAAGAACUGGUCCAAAGCGAAGAAGUGGUACUGCACUAUGGUUGUGGCUUGGACAUGCUUUGUCGUCGCCUUUGCAAGUGCUGUUAUUACUGCUGGCCUAGAUGGUCCCCCAAAAGACUUUCACGUAUCAAUGGAAGUUUCUCUCCUCACAAUCACCGUGUUUGUUGUUGGAUUUGGCGUUGGUCCAAUGGUGUUUGCUCCAUUAUCCGAAAUGAUUGGACGGCGGCCAGUCUACGCAGUAACACUAUUCAUCGCCCUUAUAUUCGAAAUCCCGUGUGCUGUAGCGCCUAAUAUUGGCACGCUUAUUGUCUGUCGAGCCAUUGACGGUAUAGCUUUCAGCGCCCCCAUGACACUAGUCGGAGGAACCCUGUCGGAUCUCUGGAGAAAUGAGGAACGUGGUGUGCCCAUGGCAGCUUUCAGUGCCGCUCCGUUUAUUGGACCAGCAAUUGGGCCCCUUGUUGGUGGGUUUCUGUACGAUGCCGCGGGAUGGAGAUGGCUUUAUUGGAUCCAGUUGAUUCUCGCUGGUGUGGCUUGGGCGAUGAUUACUUUCACCGUACCGGAAACCUACACCCCGAUGCUCCUCAAAGAGCGUGCAAAAAAACUACGAAAAUCUGAAAACGACUCAAGUUACGUGACUGAGCAAGAGCUUGAUUCUCGGCCAACUGCUGAGAAACUUCGCAUUUUCCUUCUACGUCCAUUCCAAUUGUUAUUUCUCGAGCCUAUUGUACUAUUCAUCUCUCUCUACAUGUCCGUCUUGUACGGAUUGCUAUACAUGUUCUUCGUCGCAUUUCCUGUCGUUUAUCAAGAAGGGAAAGGAUAUAGUCCUGGAAUCACCGGUCUUAUGUUUAUUCCUCUGGCCAUAGGCGUUGUUGCUAGUGCAUUUUGCGCACCCCUCGUCAAUAAGCAUUAUCUUCAGCUAUGCGCGAAACAUAACGGCAAGCCACCGGCAGAAGCGCGUCUUAUUCCCAUGAUGUUCUCUUGUUGGUUGAUUCCAAUUGGCUUAUUCAUCUUUGCCUGGACUUCGUACUCCCAUCUUCAUUGGAUUGGACCAGCCAUUGGUGGGUUUCCUGUCGGUUUUGGCUUUAUUUUCUUAUACAAUUCCGCGAAUAAUUACCUGGUGGAUACCUAUCAACAUCAAGCUGCAUCAGCCCUAGCAGCCAAAACCUUCCUGCGAUCUAUGUGGGGAGCAGGCUGCGUGCUCUUCACGAUUCAAAUGUACCACCGGUUGGGCUAUCAAUGGGCAAGCUCCCUCCUUGCCUUCAUUGCUCUCGCAUGCUGCGCAAUUCCUUAUGUCUUUUACUACUAUGGAGAGGGGAUUCGUCGACACUCGCACUUUGCUUAUUGUGAAGAUGAGGAGACGAAGGCGGUGCCAGCCAUUUGA